CCGUGCCGUGCCGCCCGUCCGCCGCCAUGGCCGCCCCGCCGUCCGCCGCCCCGCCGCCCGCCCGCCGCUGCCCGCCGCUGCCCGCCGCCGAGCCGCUCCUCUUCCUGGCCACCCUGGCCCUCGGGCUGCAGGGCCCGCUCGCCACCCAGUACCUCUGGGACAGGCUGGGGGCCGAGCACGGCUACAGCGGCCCCAACGCCACGAGCCCCGCCGGCUGCGGGAACGGCAGCGCUGCCACCGAGCCCCUGCGGCAGGAGGUGGAAGCGCUGGUCUCCCACUGGAACCUCUACAUCAACCUGGGAGGCUUCUUCAUUGGUCUCUUCUCCGUGACUCUCUUUGGACCAUGGAGCGACAGCAUAGGCCGCCGUCCGGCUCUCAUCCUGCCGGCAGCGGGUAUGGCCAUGCAAGCAGCCAUCUAUCUGCUCGUCAUGUACCUGCAGCUGCAUGUUGCCUAUUUUCUCCUUGGACGUGUUUUGAGUGGCCUCAUGGGAGACUACAACCUGAUCCUGGCCAGCUGCUUUGCCUACGUGGCUGACACCAGCGACAAACGCACACGUACAUUUCGCAUCGCCAUCCUCGAGGCAUGCCUCGGCAUCGCGGGCAUGCUGGCCAGCAUUGGUGGCGGCCAGUGGCGCAAGGCUCAGGGGUACAUCAACCCCUUUUGGCUCGUGCUUGCUGUCAGUCUUGCUGCCACUCUCUACGCUGCUUUCUGUCUUCAGGAAUCAGUGAAGCAGCAGAAACCAGCCAAGCUGUUCACGCUCCAGCAUUACAAGGCUGUCUACAGGCUGUACACAGCCCCGGAACACCUGAGCUCCAAGCGGAAGCUCGCUCUUUACUCCCUGGCUUUCUUUCUUCUUGUCACAGUACAUUUUGGAACCAAGGACCUCUUUGUUUUGUACGAGCUUGGCUCCCCUCUCUGCUGGGCUGCAGACCUCAUUGGGUAUGGCUCAGCCACCAGUUACCUGACUUACCUGAGCAGCCUGGGAGGGCUGUGGCUGCUGCAGCUCUGCCUUGAAGACACCUGGGUGGCAGAGAUAGGAUUGAUCUCCAACAUUUCUGGACUGGUUGUGAUUUCUCUUGCUACCACAACAUCACUGAUGUUUACAGGUUAUGGGAUUCUGUUCCUUUCAAUGGCAGCCACUCCAGUCAUCAGAGCCAAGCUCUCCAAGCUGGUCAGUGAGACGGAACAGGGUGCUCUCUUUGCUUCUGUUGCCUGUGUGGAAGGGCUGUGUUCACUUGUGGCUACAGGAGUGUUCAACUCUCUCUACCCUGCCAGCUUGCACUUCAUGAGGGGAUUCCCAUUUCUCUUCGGGGCUGUAGUCCUCCUUAUUCCGGCAGCUAUUCUUGGGUGGAUAGAAAUCUGGGACUCAAACCAUGACUACAGUCACUUCUCAGAUGCUUCCCUGUCCCCUGCAGAUGGCUGAGCAGCAACUUAGCAACAAGGAAUUGGCCAGCUCAGCCGUGUCCAUCUGAAGACUGCACUUUAUUCUUCCGUUGAAGGACAGAUUACCGUGGGAUGGACACCCUGCUUGUCUUACUAAUUCUUAAAUGCCAAAUAGUUGGAAAUUGUGGCUCUAACUACCAGUAGGAACUUGAUUUGCAGAUGUGAAUGCCUUCUCACCGUUGUGUUGGCUCAUUUGUCAGAGAAAACACAAGAGACCCAAAAGGCAAUCAAGAGUAAAAGCUAUUAUUGGCCAUUUGCAAGGCUGUUUAGUGGUUUGGGGGUUGGUGGGGGGGGAAGGUUCUGUGGCAUGCUUUUAGUGGUGAGAGAGGAAUGAAUUCUGGUUUAAUUGCCAAACAUCUUCCCCUGUGAGUACUACAGUGUGCAGUAGAUGAGCUGUUGGUGUGGUGAGGCCCAGAACAAAGCCUGCAGAGUGAGACUGAAGCAGAGGUACCCAACAGCACGCUACUGAGAAGUAAGGUCUGGGCUCCAAAUCAGCGUGUUGGCAAUAAAAGUCACACAAAUGUCAUGUGCCAGACUAGGCUCCCGCAGAAAUUCUUCUGAUGGUUGGUGUACCACAGGAGUGCUACUGCUCUCCUUACUGACUAAACUAACUUUAGCUUCGCAAGUUGGAGUUGGCUUAGGGAGAGAAUCUAAUGCAUGAAGUGCUUGUAGUUAGGAGUGCCAGUGGCAUGUCCUGCCUGUCUGUCUGCAGCUCAGCCAGGAUUUCAAAGGUCUUUUUGAGAAGUAAUAGUUCACCUGAGAAUACUACUGUGCAAGUAGGUGCCUUAAUUGACAGUGGCCGAAACUGAUGAAGUUAAGGCUAAAAUUGACAAAAUUGGGCCCCCCUAACUGAAGACCCUUACACUACAAAUUUGAGGCCCCACCCCAGCUUUCGUAAGUGUGCCCUAAACACUGCUCUGCUUAUGGCAGAGCCAGAAGCAGUCCUUCCUCAUCGAUACACAGUGCUGUUGCGAUGAGCUGCUGUGGGGAACAGGACCAGUGUCUUUGGAGGUAAAUUUUUUUGUUUUAUGGGGCAUAAAUUUGUGUCAGUGACCUCAGUUCUGCUGCCCUUCUCAGGCUGUGUUUAUGCCAGCAAGCAAACCCCAUGUUCCUGGUACUCAUAAUUGUUCUUUUCAAAGCAUUAACUGUAUUGCCUCAAUCCUAUUUUCUUCAAACUGUCAUAAACCAGCAGUCGGUGUACACUGUAUUGCACAUACUGUUCAGAUGCAUGCAAUAAUGUCUUUACUGUGAAAUUGUUUAGCAGACAUGUUACUUUCAGAAUGAAUAAACCCUCCAUUCUCUUUUA